AUGCCUGUAGAAGUUCCCCGAAAAACAUCCUGCUGGUUUUUUGGUGACUUUGUGUGUGCUACCUAUAUUAUUUUUUCAGGCAUCAUUCUCUCAGCCUCAAUAGGUGACAUAGUGCUCAUAUCAGUUGACCGUUAUGUGGCUAUUUGUGACCCUCUGCAUUACACCACUAAAGUCACCGGGGGGAGAGUUAAACUCUGUGUUUGUCUGUGUUGGCUCUAUUCUGUUUCCUACAGCUUUCUCUAUUUAAAAGAUCUCCCGACUCAACCAGGGAGUUAUAAAUCCUGCUAUGGAGAAUGUGUGUUUGUCAUUACAAAUAACUCAGGGACUGUUGAGCUUGUUUUGACCUUUAUUGUUCCAGUUAUUCUCAUCAUAGCUCUGUAUCUGAGAGUAUUUGCCGUGGCUGUGUCUCAGGCUCGUGCCAUGCGCUCUCACAUUACAGCUGUCACACUCCAGCUUUCAGUGACUCCAAAGGCAAAGAAAUCAGAGCUGAAAGCAGCCAGGACUCUUGGUGUUCUUGUAGUUGUGUUUCUAAUGUGUUUAGGCCCAUAUUACGGUGUCUUUAUUGCAGGAGACAACUUGGUCAAUGCUUCAUUUGCAUCCUUUGUGGUCCCUCUGUAUUAUUUGAACUCUUGUCUAAACCCUGUGAUCUAUGCCUUGUUUUACCCCUGGUUUAGAAAAGCAGUUAAACUCAUUGUUACUCUUCAGAUACUGCAGCCUGGCUCCUGUGAGACCAACAUGAUGUAGAGAGGCUGUAGAGAGACUGAGAUCAGACUUGGUCUAAGGAUAAAUGAAUGAAUAUGUUCCUGCUGUUCAGUGAGUCAAAUAUCAAAUAGAGAAAGUGAAGAUAUGUUUUCCUGUCUUCAAGUCUAAAUUGUGUAUGAACAACAAUUGAAAGGCCUGUGCUUCAGCUUCUGUUUGUUGUGUAUUUGUUUUGCUCUGAUGCUGCUGCAUUUAAAGAAAGAGUCAUAAGCACCAUAUACUGUUCCUAUAAAACACCCAUUAAAUUCACACAUGUAUGACACAUAUCUUUUUUUUCCUAGGGAACCUUUUUUUCUUUGUGAUAGGAAACAUUUCAACCCAACACAACAAAAGAGCUACUAAAGCUUUGUAGUCAUGUCACUAUGUUUGUUUAAAGCAUCAUCCAAGUAAUAUUUGUCCAUUUAGUUGCAAACAGAAAUCACAGGCCUGCCUGGCUCCUGUUUGACGUAGAAAAGAUGCCCCUGAACAGCCAC